UUUUUUAUUAAUUUAACUAUUAUAAAUAAUGUUAAAAAAAGAAAAACAAGGAAAAACAUUAAAACUGUCAUCAUCAACAUGUUCGAGACCACGUCGAAUACCGAACAUUGCUGUAGCAAAUAUUAAUGAUGAUUCAAAACCAUCUUCUCAAGUUACAGAAGCAUUAAAAUAUAUUGAAAAUCCUCCUAUUUUACAAGAUCAAUCAUGGACAAAAGCAGUGCCUUUCAAAGACUGUUUUAGGUAUGUUAAACCAUCAGAAAGUAUUGCAAGCUCUUAUACUCCAAGUGCAUCGAAAUUCAGUAUUAAUAAAUUAUCAAGAAAACGCAAAAAAGAAAUUAAAUCGAUUACUUUUAACUUUUAUGAUGAGGAUGGAGAGCUCGAUUAUCCACCACGAAAAUAUGUACAAGCUUUUGAACAGGAAAUGAAAGAAAAAAAUAUUGAAAAAAUGAAAUUGCUCGAAUCUACGCCUCAGAAUAUUAUUAAUCUAACAGAUUUAGCCGAUGGCACUUGGCUUCGAAGAAAAGAAGAAAAACGUUUGUUAAAAAUUCGAAAGGAACGAAGAAGAAUAAAGCAACAAUUGCAAAAUGAAGCUAUUCAAAGAAUUCUCGAACAACAAGAAUUAAUAAAAAGAGAAGCAGACAUGCCUCAAUCAAUUGAAUCUCAAAGAACUGAAUUAUUGAAUGCAAUUGAAAAAGAACAAAAGGAUAUUUAUAGUCAAUCAGACACUUCAAUUUCUCGAAUCAAUUAUUUUAUAAAAGAGACAAUUGAUGAUUACCAUAUUGAGCCAUAUGAUUUAAAAAAUAUUGAUGAAGCUCAAAAAAGACUUUGGGAUAAGUUAAAAAAAAUUAAAAACUUCCAUCAUGUUAUGAAAGAAUUAGAAGUUGAAAUUAUUGAUGACUAUAAACAAAGUGUUCGUUUUGCAAUUAUUGAUUACAUUUUACUUGAUCCUUUUGAAAGGGAAAGAUUGGGAAUUGAUGUGAUUCCAAUUCAAUAUCCUGUGACACAUAUUCGAGCACCUGUUCCGUGGCAUCAAACUGUUAUUAGCUCAACUCAUUACAGUGAACAUAAUCUAUUUAUUGGAAAUGAAAUAAUGACUGGAAUAAGAGAGAUAUGGUUUAAUAAAUAUUACAAAAUGAGAAUAAUAAAAAUAACUGACUUCGGAACCCUUCCGAUUCCUGCGUUAGAAUUAGAAUCAUUAGUUGAAAAUGUUUGCGAUAAAGCAAGCCAAGUACUCUUGACGGAAUGGCUUGCAGAUGUAGCUGAAUUAUUUCUUAACAAAAAAAAUGCUUGGUCUCAUUUAUUUGAAAUAAAAAUGAAUGCUUCUACAGCUCUUAUUGAAAAAUAUUUUCGGAGUGCUAAUAUUUUACUUUCUGAACAAUUACGUCAUACAGUAAUUGAAACUUUGAAUGAAAUUAAAAAUUUUUUUAUUCAAUAUAAGGAUGGAAAUUUUUUCGAAGGAAAAUACCAAGAUUUAUCAUUUAUUCGAACUCCUUUCAUCAGAAUUUCGGUUGAGCCAAUAUUAGGAAGUACAAAAUUUUUAUUAAAACCAAGCAUUCAAGAAAUGUACCAAGUUCUAUCAAGAUGCUUUGAUAAUAUUUUAGCAGUAGGCUCCAAAGUGCCAAAAAUUGAAAGUGUGCUUUUUCCAGAAUUCAAAGGAAGUGGGUAUAUGUUUUCUGUAUCACGGAAAGAAGUGUUGGUAUCGAAGAUUAUUGACGAAGCAUUAGAAUGUAUUCUAGCAAAUGAAAUUGGUCCAGAUUUAUAUUUAAAGUCUUACGAAAAUUUACUAUACAUUCUAGACGGUCAAGCACAUGAAAAUUUAAAUAGUUAUUUCAAAAUUGAUCCUAUUUCAUCUUUGAAAGAUUUUGGAAAGAAAAUAGACGGCUAUAAUAGUCUCAGCAAAGAAAUUUGUUUAUUUAGAAACAAAAUACCAUUAAAUAUGAUAGAAAUAGACUGCACGUUUAUAAAUGAAACUUUAAGGAAUAUUCUUCAUGAAUUUCGUACUAAAAUAUGCAAUUUUCUUUUAAAUGAAUUGAGAAUGAACAAUCACCAGUUGUGUCGUAUAUUUGAAGAAAUUGCGGAAAAAAUAGCUGAAAUGCCAGAGACAACUCAACAGGUAGUGAAUUUACUUUCAUUCUUGAUUGACAGUCGUGAUAAUACAAUGUUUAAUUUACGAAAUAAAUUAGCACGUUGUGCAGAAUUAAUUAUGUUUCUUUUGGAUUAUCAACCGCAAGAUGAUGAAGAUAUUCAAUUGAAUACGCGAACGCUUACAUGGCCGAAAGAAAUGGAAGUCAUCAUGGAAUUAGCACUUGAAAGAUUGAAUAUGAGAAAAGAUUUCGUGGAAGGAGUUUUGCGACAACGAAGAGAUAAUUUUGAACAAAAAAUCCAAACCAUGCAGCAAUCAAUAGAUGCGUUUAAGAAAAAAGACCCUCCAGUUUUGAUGUUGGAAGAUAUGGAACAAGCAACGAAAGAGAUAGAACAGUUAUCAGGUAUUAUGGCUGAAAUGAGAAAAGAGGCUGAACAAAUAAAUGAGGAAGAAGGUCUUCUAGAUAUUGAAAUAAGUCCUUAUUUAACUUUACCUUCUAUGUCGACUACAGUUGAGACUUUUGAUAAACUUUGGCAUACUGUUUUAAAUUUUCAUAAAAAUUAUGAGAAAUGGUAUUACGGACCAUUUUCCGGCUUGAAUGCUGAGGAAGUACGUGAUGAAACUGAAAAUGCUUGGAAAACUUUAUAUAAAUUGGGACGAGCGUUAUCUGAUACCCCAGGAGCUCGACGUAUUGCUGAAAUGAUUCGAGGGAAAAUUGAGAAAUUCAAACAAUUCAUUCCUAUUUUACAAAUUAUUUGUACUCCUGGAUUGCAAGCUCGUCAUUGGGAACUAAUUAGUAAUGUUGUUAAUACUAAAAUUAUUCCCAAUGAAAAAAGUAGUUUAUCAGACAUGAUUGAAUAUGGAUUGUUGCCUCAUAUUGAUAAACUUGAAGAAAUAACUUUAGCUGCUACAAAAGAACACUCACUGGAGAAAAAUUUGAAAAAAAUGCAAAAUGAAUGGAAAGAUAUUUAUUUUAAUCUGAUACCUUAUCGUGAAACAGGUGUGGAAAUUUUAUCAUCAGUUGAUGACAUCCAAAUGCUUCUUGAUGAUCAUAUUUUAAAAGCACAGACAAUGAGAGGUUCACCAUUUGUUAAGCCGUUCGAGCAUGAAAUGGAAAGUUGGGAAGCUAAAUUAAUAUCAAUGCAAGACAUUAUUGAUCAAUGGUUAGCUUGUCAGGCAACUUGGAUGUAUUUAGAACCAAUAUUUAGUAGUGAAGAUAUCAUGAGACAGAUGCCAACAGAGGCACAAAAUUUCCGCAAAGUUGAUAAAACUUGGAGAAGUAUUAUGGUUUCAGUGAUGGAGGAUAAAAAAGUCAUCAUUGCAACAUCUGUUCCAGAUAUGCUGAAACAAUUUAAACAUUGUAAUUCUCUGUUGGAAGAAAUACAAAAGGGUCUCAAUGACUAUUUAGAAAAGAAACGAUUAAUAUUCCCGAGAUUUUUCUUUUUGUCCAAUGAUGAACUUCUAGAGAUUUUGUCAGAGACAAAAGAUCCUCAACGGGUACAGCCACACUUGAAAAAAUGUUUCGAGGGAAUAAAUAAGCUCAGGUUUACCAAAGAUGAAGAAAUAGUAGGAAUACUAUCAGCAGAAGAUGAAUAUGUACCUCUGAGUGGAAAAAUUUAUCCUGCAGAUGCUAAAGGUAUGGUUGAAAAAUGGCUUUGUCAAGUAGAAGAAAUGAUGGUUACAUCUUUGAGAGACAUUAUUCAAGAUAGCAUAAUAUCUUAUUUCAAAACUAUGAGAGAAGAAUGGAUAUUAGCAUGGCCAGGACAAAUAGUUCUUUGCAGUAGUCAAGUUCAUUGGACCAGUGAAGUGAUCGAAAGCUUUGCAGAUAAUUCUAUUAAAAAUUAUUUGAACAAAUGUUCGACACAGAUUGAAAAAACUGUAGAACUGGUUAGAGGAAAAUUAGAUGUUGGAAACCGAAUUACCCUGAAUGCUUUGAUAGUAAUAGACGUUCAUGCAAGAGAUGUGGUAAAAUUAUUGGUCGACAAACAAGUCAAUGAUCCAAUUGAUUUUAACUGGAUAUCUCAAUUACGAUAUUACUGGUUAGAUGGUGGAAUAACAGUUUCCAUGAUAACAACUGAUGUCAUUUAUGGAUUUGAAUAUUUAGGUAAUUCAUCACGAUUAGUCAUAACCCCUUUAACUGAUAGAUGCUAUAGAACACUGAUGGGAGCAUUGAAAUUGAAUCUUGGAGGAGCUCCAGAAGGUCCAGCAGGUACGGGGAAAACAGAGACGUCUAAAGAUUUAGCAAAAGCUGUUGCUAAACAAUGUGUGGUAUUUAAUUGUUCCGAAGGAUUAAAUUAUAAAGCUAUGGGAAAAUUUUUCAAAGGAUUAGCUCAAUCAGGAGCGUGGGCGUGUUUUGAUGAAUUUAAUAGGAUCGAAUUGGAAGUGCUUUCCGUAAUUGCUCAACAAAUAUUGACUAUACAAAUGGCAAUCAGUGUAAAAGCUGAACGAUUUAUAUUUGAAGGAAUGGAAAUAAAAUUAAAUCCCACUUGUAAUAUUAUUAUUACUAUGAAUCCUGGAUACGCAGGACGUCAAGAGCUCCCAGAUAAUUUAAAAGUACUUUUUCGAACUGUUGCCAUGAUGAUUCCAGAUUACGCAUUAAUUGGAGAAAUUACACUUUACUCUUAUGGAUUUAUUAAUGCAAUUAAUUUAGCUCAAAAAAUUGUUCAUACUUAUAAACUUUGUUCAGAACAAUUAAGCUCUCAAAGUCAUUAUGAUUAUGGAAUGCGUGCUGUUAAAACUGUUCUUAUUGUUGCUGGUAAUUUAAAACUAAAAUAUUCUGACCACAAUGAAUCCUCAUUAGUCUUACGAGCUUUAAUUGAUGUAAAUCUUCCAAAGUUUUUGGCACAUGACGUUCCACUUUUUAAGGGAAUAUAUAGUGAUCUGUUCCCUGAUGUUGAUUUAUCACAACCUGACAGAGAUGAGUUAAUAGAGUUGUUGAAAGUACAUUUAGAUAAACGAAAUCUUCAAGCUACUCCUUGGUACGUGGAGAAGAUAAUUCAAAUCUACGAAAUGAUUCUUGUUAGACAUGGAGUGAUGAUCAUUGGAGAUACUUUGGGAGGAAAAACUCAAGCUUAUCAAUUAUUAGCUGAUGCUCUUGGUGAUUUAUCAGUGAAAAAAGGAGCAUCAAUCAAAGAAUUUAAAGUCAACUAUCGAGUUAUCAAUCCUAAAGCUAUUACGAUGAAUUUACUUUAUGGACGCUUUGAUUUAGUAUCUCAUGAAUGGAAUGAUGGGGUUUUAGCUAAUACAUUUCGCGAGUUCGCCCAGUCCUUAAGUUUAGAACGUAAGUGGAUUAUUUUUGAUGGACCUGUUGAUGCAGUUUGGAUUGAAAAUAUGAAUACAGUGUUAGAUGAUAAUAAAAAAUUAUGUCUUAUGUCUGGAGAGAUAAUUAUGAUGAACAGGAAAAUGAAUAUGAUUUUUGAAGCUGCUGAUUUAGAUCAGGCUUCUCCUGCUACUGUCAGUAGAUGUGGAAUGAUUUAUAUGGAAUCAACUCAGUUGGGUUGGCAGCCUUUUUUUGAAUCUUAUAAAAAACAAUUAAAACAAAAAAUCCUUGCUGAACAAUUUGAACUCACUGUAGAACUCAUAGAAUGGCUAACAAAUCCUAUUUUUAAGUUUAUCCGGUAUAAUUGUCAGACUUUUGUCAAUGUUUCUGAACUUCACAUGUUUGUGUCUUUCACGAGAAUAUUAGCUACUAUGUUGGAAGAAGAAACUCAAGUUAGCACUGUUUGGCUCCAGUGUAUUUUACUUUUCAGUAUGGUGUGGGGAUACACUUCAAUACUUGUUGGUGCUAGUAGACACACUUUCAGUGUAUAUUUUGAAAACCUACUGGCUGGAAAUGAAGAAGAAUAUCCAAAGCCAAAAGCAUUUAAAUUAUCUAAGCAACAACUUUUUCCCGAUAGAGGAACGAUAUAUGAUUGGAUUUAUGAUAAAAGAAAUAAUGGAACUUGGAUUUCUUGGGUUGACAUCAAUACACCAACACCAUUAUCAGCAAAUGCCAAAGCAAAUGAAUUAAUAAUUGAAACAAAUCAAGUAGCUCUGCAGAAAUUUUUCAUGUCGAAAUUACUCAAUAAAUCGAUUCCAGUUUUAUUCGUAGGUCCUACUGGAACUGGAAAAUCAUCAAUUAUUCUCAAUUAUAUGUUGAAUCUCCCUAAAGAAAAAUUUAUGCAGAAUGUAAUAAAUUUUAGUGCUAAUACUAGUGCAUCUCAAGUUCAAGAAAUCAUUAUGUCUAAAUUAGAUAGAAGAAGAAAAGGAGUCUAUGGUCCAACAAUGGGAAAAAAGUGUAUAUUAUAUGUAGACGAUUUGAGUAUACCGCUGAAAGAAAUAUACGGAGCACAACCACCUGUUGAACUACUUCGUCAGUGGAUUGACCAUGGAUAUUGGUUCGAUCCAAAGGAUACAUCAAUGCUUUAUUUAGUGGAUAUGCUAAUGGUUGCAGCCAUGGCACCACCUGGAGGAAAUUCUAAUUCAAUUACACCGAGAUUACUACGUCACAUGUAUAUUGUUGGCAUAGAUGAAUUUGAUGAUACUACAAUGAAUAAAAUAUUUACUUCCAUUCUUGAUUGGCAUUUUUCGAAAGGCUUUGAGGCAAAUAUUUCUAGAUUAUCAAAAAUGAUAGUAGCAGCAACAUUAGAUAUUUUUCAUGGGGCUAUUGACAGCUUUUUGCCUAUUCCUGCUAAGAGCCAUUAUACAUUCAAUCUAAGAGAUUUCCAUAAAGUUAUUAGUGGAAUCAUGCUGGUACCUGCUGCAAGAAUGAAAGACCCUAACAAACUAAUUAAACUUUGGAUUCAUGAAGUUUAUCGAGUCUUUCAUGAUCGUCUUGUGGAUGAGGAAGACCGAGAAGUAUUGUUUAAAAUGGUACAAUACACUGUCUAUGAUAAACUUAGACAACCUUUGAAUAAAGUAUUGGCAGACUUAUUAAAAGAAAAUGAAAAAGAAAUAACGAAAAAUCACGUUCGUGAUUUAAUGUUUGGAAUGUACAUGGAACCUGAUGCUGAUCCAAAAAUUUAUGACGAAAUUACUGAUAUGAAUGACUUACAAGAAAAAAUGGAUUAUUAUCUCACUGAAUAUAACAUGAUGUCGAAAACUCCACUGUCAUUAGUGCUAUUUAGAUAUGCUAUUGAACAUAUAUCGCGAAUAUCUAGAAUUCUUAUGCAAGAUGAUGGCAAUGCUUUAUUGAUAGGAGUAGGUGGUUCGGGCAGAAGUUCAUGCUGUAGGCUAGCAGCAAGUAUUUGUGAAUAUUUAUUCCACCAAGUAGCAGUAACGAAAAAUUAUGGUCCUGUUGAAUGGAGAGAUGAUCUAAAAAAACUUUUAUUAAAAGUUGGUUGUGAUGGAAAGCCCACUGUAUUUCUCUUUGCAGAUAAUCAAAUUAAAGAUGAAUCAUUUUUGGAAGAUAUUAAUAUAAUAUUAAAUACAGGAGAUAUACCGAAUUUAUAUGGAAACGAAGAGAAAGCAGAAAUUCUUGAUAAAAUGACGAAUGUAGCUCGAGAAGAUGCCACAAAGAAGACUGAAACUACUCCUAUGGCUCUUUAUAAUGUAUUUAUUGGAAGAAUUAAAAAAUGUUUACACACAGUUUUAACAAUGUCACCCAUUGGCGAUACUUUUAGAAAUAGAAUUAGAAUGUUUCCUUCUUUAAUUAACUGUUGUACAAUUGAUUGGUAUACACCUUGGCCUGCAGAAGCUCUUGAAAAAAUGGCCGUUGUUUCAUUAAAAAAUCUUGAUGUAGAUCAUGAUAUUUUUCAUAAGUGUGUUAAAAGUUGCAUAAAAUUUCAUCAAGAUACGCAAGAAGCUAGCGAAGAUUUAAAAAAGACACAGGGAAGGAUAAAUUAUGUGACACCAACAAGUUUCAUUGAAUUAAUAAAAUCUUUGAAUGAAUUAUAUCAAGCGAAAGUUGAUAAAAUAACUGCACAGCAAAAUCGAUACAUUGUAGGGUUGGAGAAACUUGACUAUGCUGCUGGUCAAGUUUCAAUAAUGCAAAAUGAACUACAUGAAUUACGACCAAAGUUGGUAGCUUCUUCACAGUUGAGCGAUAAAUUGAUGAUAAAAAUAGAGCAAGAUACAGUGAAUGUAGAAGCAAAGAAGGAAAUAGUUGCUGCUGAUGAAGCUUUAGCUAAUGAAGCAGCUGCAGCAGCUCAAGCAAUUAAAGAUGAUUGUGAGAGUGAUUUAGCUGAAGCUACACCAGCUUUAGAAGCUGCUCUAUCUGCAUUAAAUACUUUAAAACCUGCAGAUAUCACUAUUGUCAAGUCAAUGAAAAAUCCUCCAGCAGGUGUCAGAUUGGUAAUGGAAGCUGUUUGUGUCCUUAAGGGGAUUAAACCGGAGCGUAUUCAAGAUGCGUCCGGUAUGAUGAUAGAUGAUUACUGGCCAUCAUCAAUAAAAAUGCUUGGAGAUAUGAAAUUUUUAGAUAGUCUUAAGACAUUUGAUAAAGAUAAUAUACCACCAGCGAACAUUAAACGCAUACGAGAUAAGUUUAUGAAUGAUAGAAGCUUCCAGCCAGAAGUUAUUAAAAAAGUUUCGACUGCUUGCGAAGGAUUGUGUAAAUGGGUUCGAGCUAUGGAAGUUUACGAUCGUGUGAUAAAAGUUGUAGCUCCUAAAAAAGCAAUGUUAGCAGAAGCAGAGGCUGAACUUGCUGCUCAAAUGGAAACUUUAAACGCUAAACGAGCACUUCUUCAAGAAGUUACAGAUAAGUUACAAACUCUAAAUGAUGAAUUUGCAGAAUGUAUGAGAGAAAAAAAGAAAUUAGAAGAUCAAAUAGAUCAUUGUAUGCAAAAAUUAGAUCGAGCCAAAAAACUACUUGGUGGCCUUGGUGGAGAAAAAUCACGAUGGAGUGAAACUGCUGCAAGUCUUAAAGCAAGUUUGACUAAUGUCAUUGGUGAUGUAUUAUUGUCUGCAGGAAUUUCAGCUUAUUUAGGAGCAUUUACGGUCGAUUAUCGUAAUAAUUUAGUUAGUGGAUGGCAUAAUUAUUGCCAAUCAGUUCAAAUCCCUUGUAGUGAUCAGUUCAAGUUGGCUGACAUUCUCGGAGAACCUGUAGAAAUUAGAAAUUGGAUGAUUCAAGGGCUACCAGCUGAUAAUUUUUCAAUUGAAAAUGGAAUAAUUGUUAAAUAUUCUAAUCGAUGGCCUCUUAUGAUCGAUCCACAAGGACAAGCUAAUAAAUGGAUUAAAAAUAUGGAAAAACAAAACAAAUUGAAUGUUAUUAAACUUACUGACUUGAAUUAUAUCAAAGUUUUAGAGAGCUCUAUUGAACUAGGUCUUCCAGUAUUAUUGGAAAAUAUUCUUCAGGAACUGGAUCCUAUUUUAGAACCAAUUUUAGUAAAAAAUAUUUAUAAACAGUCGGGAAUAUUCUAUAUAAAAUUUGGAGAUAAUGUUUUAGAAUACAAUUCAAAUUUUAAACUUUACAUCACAACGAGAUUACCCAAUCCUCAUUACCUACCAGAAGUGGCAGUAAAAGUUAAUCUUCUUAAUUUUACAAUUACUCGUCAAGGAUUACAGGAUCAAUUAUUAGGUAUAGUAGUUGCCAAAGAUUUGCCUGCACUUGAGGAUAAAAAGAAUCAAUUGAUUAUUGAAGGAGCUAACAAUAAAAAAAUUCUUAAAGAAAUCGAAGAUAAAAUUCUUCAAGUUCUCUCAUCUUCAGAAGGUAAUAUUCUUGAAGAUGAAACAGCUAUUAAAAUUUUAUCGUCUUCAAAACUUUUAUCUGAAGAAAUCGAAGCUAAACAAAAAAUUGCUGCAAAAACAACCAUUGAAAUUGACGAAGCAAGAGAUGCGUACAAACCAGUAUCACAUCAUGGUGCUAUUCUAUUUUUUUGUAUCUCGAACUUGGCUAAUAUUGAUCCUAUGUAUCAAUAUUCUUUACCCUGGUUUAUUAAUCUAUAUAUUAUGGCUAUAUCAAAUAGCAAAAAAUCAGAAGAUUUAAAUAUUAGAAUAGAAAGCCUUAACAAUAUUUUCACACGAAGUAUCUACAGAAAUGUCUGUCGUUCUUUAUUUGAAAAGGAUAAAUUAAUUUUUUCUUUGGUGUUAACAAUAGAAAUUCUACGAGCAAAGGAUAAAAUUAAUCAUGAUCUAUGGUCCUUUUUAUUAACAGGUGGAAUUACAUUGGACAAUCCUUAUAAAAAUCCUGAUUCAUCAUGGUUAACUGAUAAAUCCUGGUCUGAGAUUGUUCGUGCUUCACAGUUGAUUGGUCUUGAAGAACUUAAAACAUCCUUUGAACUCGAUACAAAGAGUUGGAAAAAUUUUUAUGAUCUGUCAAAUCCACAAGAAAGUAAUUUUCCAUCACCGUUCAAUAAUAUUUCAAAUAGUGAAUUACAAAAACUAGUAAUAUUAAGAUGUAUUCGACCAGAUAAAUUGGUAUCAGCAGUUCAAAUAUUUAUAUCUGAAAAUAUAGGGCAAAAUUUUAUUGAACCUCCACCAUUCGAUCUUGAAGAAUCUUACAAUGAUUCUAAUAAUAUAACACCUUUGAUAUUUAUUCUGUCUCCUGGAUCAGAUCCAAUGGCAAGUUUAGUUAAAUUUGCUGAGACUAAAGGAAUUUACAAAGAAAGCCUCAUAACAAUAUCACUUGGUCAAGGUCAAGGACCUCUAGCUGCUAAUAUGAUUAACAAAGCCAUUCAAAGUGGAGACUGGGUUGUUCUGCAGAAUUGUCACUUAGCAGAAUCAUGGAUGAAGGAACUCGACAGAAUAUGUGACCAAGUAAUUGUAUUGGAAAAUACACAUAAAAAAUUUAGAUUAUGGCUCACAAGUUACCCAUCAAAAGUUUUCCCUGUUUCUGUGCUACAAAAUGGAGUUAAAAUAAUUAAUGAGCCUCCUAAAGGAUUAAAACAGAAUUUACUGCGAAGUUACCUCAAUUAUCCUAUUGCUGAUUCUAAAUUUUUCUUUGGAUGCUUGCGCAUAAUUGAAUGGAGAUCGUUAUUAUUUUCUUUGUGCUUUUUUCAUGCUAUUGUACAAGAACGUAGACAAUUUGGACCACUUGGAUGGAAUAUUCCUUAUGAGUUUAAUGAAUCCGAUUUAAGGAUUAGCAUUUUACAACUACAGAUGUUUCUAAAUGAUUAUGAACAAGUACCUUUCGAAGCACUAUUAUACCUUACUGGUGAAUGUAAUUAUGGUGGUAGAGUAACGGAUGACAAAGAUCGACGUUUAUUAAAUUCUCUUUUGAAGAAUUAUUUUAACAUUGGUGUAAUAAAAAAUUACAGCUAUUCAUUCUCGCCAAGUGGUAAUUACCAUCUUCCAGAAGAUACUAGCUAUGAUGGUUGCAUAAAAUAUAUUAAGAGCUUGCCAUUAAAUCAAGAACCUGAAGUUUAUGGCUUACACGAUAAUGCAGACAUUACAAAGGACAAUAAAGAAUCAAUGGAGCUAUUAGACGGUGUACUAUUAACUCAAACGCAGCUAACAGUUACAAGAAUAGAUGAAAAUACUGAAGCAAUUGUAUCAACUCUAGCUUCGGAUAUACUAUCAAAGAUUCCAGAACAAUUUGAUAUUGAAUCUGUUUCUGACAAAUAUCCUGUUCUUUACAAAAAUAGCAUGAACACUGUUCUUCAACAAGAACUUAUUAAAUUCAAUCGGUUAAUCAAAGUUAUAAAAAGUAGUCUUAUAAAUAUACAGAAAGCCAUCAAAGGUCAAGUAGUUAUUUCUCCAUCGCUAGAAGAAAUCUUUUUCAAUAUAAGCAUCGGUAAAGUUCCGAAUGCUUGGAGUAAAAUAUCAUAUCCUUCUCUAAAGCCACUUGGAAGUUAUAUUAACGAUUUAUUAGAGAGAAUUCAAUUUUUUCAAAAUUGGAUUGACUAUAACUCUCCGGUUGUUUAUUGGAUCUCUGGAUUUUUCUUUAUUCAAUCUUUUCUAACUGGAGUUUUACAAAACCAUGCACGCCAACAUAAAAUACCAAUUGAUCAUUUAGAUUUUGAGUUUGAAAUAACUGAUAUUUAUAAUAUCGAUAAUGUGAGCAAAGUACCUUCAAUGGGAGUUUUUGUAAAAGGACUUUUUCUAGAAGGUGCUCGAUGGAACCAGGAAAUUAAAGAAUUGGAUGAAUCAAAGCCUAAAAUUAUGUAUGAUAUUUUACCAGUUAUUUGGAUGAAACCGGGGAUCAAAGCUGAUUUUUCUACUCCAUCAGCUUAUGCAUGUCCAGUUUAUAAAACAAGUGACAGACGUGGUAUUCUUGCUACUACUGGGCAUUCUUCGAAUUUUGUUAUGUACAUCAUGAUACCUACAAAAAUAGAAGAAUCACAUUGGAUCAAUAGAGGAGUUGCAUGUUUAACACAGCUUGAUGAUUAAUUGAAUUUUUUAAAUGGCAAUUUUGAUAUUUCAAUAAUAAAAAUAAAUACUUUACUAAUAAAUGAAUUAAAUAAAUGAUAAUAAAAUA